AGCCGACUCCGAAUUCGUGGUUCGGAUCCAAAUAUGUGGCUCUAGUUCAAAAUGCGCUUGCAUGCUAACAUUUGAUAGCACGUCUCGAAUUGCGGACGAUUCUAACGUGCUAUCUUUCUUCACCGUAACUAUAAAUCAUAGGUAGCCUAUAGUGGGAGCUAGGCCCCGCCCAUUUGGAUCUGGCUCUUGGUGGAAAAAUCCAACAGUUCUCUGAGGGCGUUUCUAAAGGGGCCAUGCUCUGAUAAAUGAGUGUUUUCCUCUUCGACCUCUCCGGUUUGAGAGACUGUUCCUUUAUCGCUACAAUCGUUUUGGUUGCUUAAAAAAAAUAACAAGAUGGCAAAUGAAGCCAGGCCAUGCCCGUGUGACAUUGGGGACAGGAUGGAAUAUGGCAGUCUUGGCGAAGACGUUCAGAUUGAGCACGUUAAAGCUUACGUGGUGAAACCUAAAGCACCAACAGACAAAGCGGUCAUUGUAAUUCAGGACAUUUAUGGAUGGCAGCUCCCCAAUACACGAUACAUGGCUGACAUGCUCGCUUCAAAUGGAUAUAUUGCUGUUUGCCCAGACUUCUUUCUUGGAAAGGAACCAUGGAGUCCUUCGAGUGACUGGUCAACGUUUCAGGAGUGGCUUGAGGACAAAAAACCCACCGACAUCAACAAGGAAGUGGACGUGGUUUUGAAAUACCUCAAGGACCAAAGCGGAGCUAAAAGGAUUGGAGUGGUGGGGUUCUGUUGGGGUGGAGUGGCCACACACUACAUAGCUCUUCAAUAUCCUGAGGUCAAGGCUGGAGUGUCAGUCUACGGGAUUGUUAAAGAGCGAGAGGAUCGUUACGAGCUCAAAAGUCCGACUCUCUUCAUCUUUGGUGAGAAAGACCCGGUCAUACCACUUGACCAGGUGACAACACUAGAGGCAAAACUGAAGGACAAGUGCACUGUUGACUUCAAAGUAAAGGUUUUCCCGGAUCAGACUCACGGAUUUGUGCACCGUAAACGAGAAGACAUCAAUCCGACGGACAGGCCGCACAUUCAGGAGGCCCGGGAGGACAUGGUUAACUGGUUAAAUAAGUAUAUGUAAAAUUAAUUAGGUUCAAAUUAUCAGAUUUAAAGUAAUUGCAUCCUUACCCCAAAUGUUGUUGAUGUUCUGUGUCUAAAGUUCACUCUGCAUUCGUGAGGUUACUGUAGUGCCUCAUAACGCAUAACUAAAUCACACGUGAGGACAUUAUCUGACUCCUUUAGGUGUAAGCAGAUAAAAGGUCAAAAGUUGACUUAAAUUGUGCCAUUUGCUUUUGGAAUCACUUUCUGUUAACUUUCAAUAUGAAGUCCAAAGAGCUCUCGCUGCCCGUUAAGCAGUCCAUCGUCAAGCUGAAAAAUGAAAACAAAUCCAUUAGAGAGAUAGCAAAAACUUUAGGUGUAGCCAAAUCGACCAUUUGGUCCAUUCUUAAAAAGGCAGAACACACCGGUGACCUCAUGAACAACCAUAGGUCCGGAAGACCACGGAAAACGACCGAAGGGGAAGACAGAAGAAUUCUUUCCCUGGUGAAGAAAAACCCCUUCACAACAGUUGGUCAGAUCAAGAACACCCUCCAGGAGGUAGGUGUAUCUGUGUCGGAGUCAACAAUCAAGCGAAGACUUCACCAGAGUAAAUACAAUUGGUCCACCGUAACCUUCAAAGAGAGGAAGACUAAGCAAAAAUUAAAAAAUAGCAAAAACAGUGCGAAAAAGUCUGGAAAUUCCGAAACGACAUCCUGUGAACAGACGGAAGAAGUACCUACUUUGCCAGAUUCCAAGGAAGAGGCGAACAAAGAGAAGGAAACGAACUGCUAAUGAUCUGAAUCGUAUCACCUCAUGGUAGGGGUUGUGGUGUGGGUGUGUGUGGCUGCCACUGGAACUGGUUCCUUUCUAUUCAUCGAUGCGACUGCUGACCAAACCGGCAGGAUGAAUUUAAUCGUAUAGGGCUGCAUUAUCAGAUUCAGCCAAAUACUUUUAAACUCACUGGACAGUGCUUCACAGUGCAGAUGGACAAACAGUGACCCAAAGUGGUCUUCAAAAGCAGCCCAAGAUUUUUUUUUUUUUUUAAGGCAAAGAAAUGGAAGAUCUUAAUGAUUGAGAUGACCAUACUGAAGUUUAUUCUCAGAAAACAGCAUGUCCCAAAGGGUUUUUGUUCAUCUUUUACCACAGCGAUUUGCCAAAGACGAAACGUGCUUUUCAAUCGUUUAGUUCCAUAUAAUGCUGUGGAAUGUCAGCAAGCUAGUUAUAAACAGGCUAUAAACAAUCACCCCUCUCUGUCCUCUUUUUUUUCCCCACCCUCUUUUGAUGGUUAGGACAGAAAAUGUAGUUUGACGUAUUUCUUAGAAACUAGAAUUUACCAUGGUGUAAAAAAAUUACUGUUACAAAUGGACGCUGGCGAUUCCUUUCUUGAACGUUGAAUGAAUAUUCCCAGACAGAAAGCUUAACCAGUUAAAUGUUCUUUCUUUCGUUAAAUAAAAAAAAAUCUUUUUAAAAUCAGUUUAUAAUUGCCCUGACUUGUCAAUGUCACAAUUUUUGACCCCUGAUAUAACUAAGGCCUAGUCCACACGUACACGGGUAUCUUUAAAAACAGAGUUUUUCCUCCUUCGUUUUUAUUUUAAAAAAUCUUGUCCACAUGAAAACGCAAAAACGUAGUCAAGAGAAUGCAAAACCAACAAGUGGCAAUAUAAUCUCAACCGUAAAGCCAUGUUGGCCAACCAGAAGCCUGAGACGCCGACUUCACAAGCAGUGUUGCCAGAUUGGGCGCCCAGUCAGGCUUCUUUGGUCACGUCUCACUGGGAAAAGUGCAUUCGGUGGGUUGAUUAAAAUCUGGGCUGGUUUUUUAUGCAACUGCCGGGUUUUUAUUUUUGACUAUAAACAUAUUUUAUUUUCUAUUCAAACGAUUAAAUAAAGUGUAAUAUGUAAUGCUGACAUUUUAAUUAUAUGGUUCAGUUUAGCCAAUAAGGUUCAGGAGACUCCUGUCCAGUCAGACUUCAGCCUUGAUUAGCUGGUUGUUGUAAUCGUUCUACUCGUUAAGCCGAUAUCACAGAGUUAUUAACUGUUAUAACUGUUUGUUAUUGUAUUAGUUAUAACAGUAUGCAUAUUGGGCUGGUAUUUUUUGUUUUAAAUGGGUGGGUUUUAAGCUGUAGUUGGGCAGGAAAUCUUCAGUCUAAUUUGGCAACCCUGUUCACAAGCCAGAAAUCUCCGGUUUCGCUGUUUACAUAACACUGAAACCUGGCAGGAGUUUUCGAAAAUGUUCGAUUUCAGUGACCCGAUGCUGCGUUUGCGUGUGGAGGAACGGCCAAACCGCAUAAAAAAAGCUACAGUUUUAAAAAUACCCGCGUUCAUGUGGACAGGGCCUAAGGCUAUACGUCGUCCUGUACCUGGUUCAGAUAUACAGGAUGCUUUCCUGCAGCUUUCAGAACAAACAGAUAUAUUGCGAUUAAAAAUUCCUUCCACUGUUAAAUGAUUCCUGAGUGCUUCUGUCUGGACUGACCUCGAGUCAGUGAUGCAGCAUAGAUGUUCUUGAACUAUACCAUAUGGAUAAAGGGUGAAACAACGAAGAGCCAGAGAACACUUUAGUAUAUGAGAAAGUGUCUUGGACAUUACUUUAUUCUUAUGUCAUUCAGCUUAGUAGCUGAGGGUGAGGUUUAGGGUGGGGUCACUCAGUACAGCUCACUGAAAUCGACAGAGACUGACUUUGUAGGACUCUGGGAUCAUGUUCAGGAGAUGAUGUGCUGAUCAUAUUUUACUUUUAGAAUUAGUGCUUCAACUUAGAGCAAGAAUCCUUUAUACUAUGCAUUCUACCCAUCGAUAUACACUAUAUGCCCAGAAGUAUGUGGACAUGUGACCAUCAGCACCGAUAUUUGGACCUUUCUCAAACAGUUACCCUAAAAUUGGAACCGCACACUUGUGUAGGUUGUCUUGGUUUUACAGUUUCCCUUCACUGGAACAUGAACGAUAUCCAUGAAGGCCUGGUUUGUUAAGGUUGGAAUGGAAGAACAUUAGUGGCCUGCACAGAGCCUCUGUUGGGAAGACUUUUGGAAUGAACUGGAAUGCUAACGGGCCCCAGGUCAUGUUCCAGAAUCCAGUCAUGUGUCCAGAAACCUUUGGCCAUAGUGUAUUACUAUGCUUAGUUAGAUUAGUUAUAGGUAUGGUAGAUGAUAUGUAAUAAUAAUCCACUGCGUGACUGUAUUAAGGAACCUAGUUAGUACUAAGACAUGAAAAAUGAUUUUCCUAGAGAAUGUUGCUAUCCUGACACUUCAUUGCAUUAUAUCCUUUGUAGGCUUUCUAUAGCUUAUAGAUCAGGGUUAGUCGUUAGUAUUAUGAAUGCUUUGUAUGUUUUUUUUUGGGUUUUUUUGCAUUAUUUUGUUUCAUAAUACUGUUAUUGGAUUCCAGAUGGCAGAAAUGCAAAUAUGGGAGAAUUGUGUCAAUCAGAAACUCGAAUCAUAUCACUGAGAAAUUUGUUAAAUGAAAUGCUUUUGUGGACCUGAGUAAUAGUUGAAAACUUUGAUAACUGACUGUUCAUUAAUUAUUUUUUAAAUAAAUCAUAUAAUUUUA